UAUAAUCAAUUAUUUAUUCAGAUUGCAUACGAUCCAUCUAAUUUGUUUGUUUAGGAGAAUAUGAAUUUAAAGAUGUCUGUAGUUGAACGUGAGAUUUGUCAAGGGAUUGCUGGACAUGAAGACAGUAAAUCUCAUUGUCUCACCUUCUCCCGGGUUAUCAAGAAUAUCAGUUUUGCCGAGGGGUCCAGAGCACACCAUUUUCUAGAUAUAGGUGCUGAAGGGAAUCCAGAAAGAAUAGCAGCUGAUUAUAUAACCCAACUCAGGGAUACUACUCUUCCCAAUAUUCUGUAUUCAAAAAAUAUUUUUAGGUAUGAACUAGACUGGAUCGGAACUAGUGGUAUAAGUGCUGAGACCCAUCAACCUUAUCUAAAUCAGUUUGUCAAGGAUCUAUACAGAGGGGUCGUCAAGCAGAUUGAGAGAGGAAUAACAAAACUAGAUAACACAGAACAGGGUGUGUUAACUAAAGAACUUCAGACUCAUUUAUGGAAACUAAAGAACUCUUUGUUGUGGAGUGUUCCUAGAGAAACAGAAUUGGAUAAUAUCAAGAAAUAUAUUACAGGUGACUCUGGAUCUAGUAUGGUUGUGUAUGGUGCAUCUGGAAGUGGAAAAACAUAUCUUGUUUCUCAAGCAGUUCAUGGAGUUAAGAACUGGAUUGGAUGUGAUAGACCUCUAAUAAUGGUUCGAAUAUUGGGUAUAUCUCCUUUAAGCAGUUCAGUGAAAAACCUGCUAACAACCCUGUGCAAGCAGAUAUCAUACAAUUUUGAUCUGUCCUACGACGACAUACCACAGGAAAUCAUCCCGCUGAAAACUUAUUUUAAAAGCCUUCUCAACUAUGCUUCAGUGAGAAAUCCUAUAAUUAUAUUUCUCGACUCCUUUGAAACCCUGUUCAUUGAUGAGCAUAACAACGGUGCCUCCUGGAUACCUAAUCCUUUGCCAAAAUAUUGUAAAAUUAUAAUUUCGUUCCUUCAAGAGGAAAACAACGGAGCUAGAGCUAAAGAAGAACAAAAGUUUAUUACUGCAUUAGGGGCUGCUGGGGAAAAUAUUCUCCAUAUCAGUAAUUUUUCCGAUAAUUUCCCAGAAAUCCUGUUCCAAAAAUGGAACGAAAUAGCGAGGAAGAAACUAUCUAAUUAUCAGUGGCGCGUAGUAAUGAAUGCUGCAGCUUCGUGCCCCACCCCUCUCUUCUGUAAGAUCGCCUUUGCUGAAGUGUUAAAGUGGCGAAGUUACACUCCGAAGGAGAAUACUUUCAUCUGUAGUACAGUUCCCACUAGUAUAGCACAGCUAUUUACUUCUUUAGAGACCAAGUACAAUUGUACCCUAGUAGAGCACUCCUUGGCAUAUAUAUCAGCUGCUAAAUAUGGAUUAUCUGAAUCAGAACUAGAAGAUAUUCUAUCUUUAGAUGAUAUUGUGCUCAAUAGUAUUUAUGCACACCAGAUACCUGCAAACCGACGUCUUCCAACAAUAUUAUGGUUAAAAAUCAGGCGAGAUCUUGGAGAAUUCCUCUCCGAGUUUCUAGCAGAUGGAGUUUGUGUCUUAAAUUGGGCGCACAAGCCCUUUAAGGAUGCUGCUCUGAACAGAUACUUUAAAUAUCCCAAGGUUGUGAACCACUACUACAACAUGUUAUCUGAUUUCUUUCUUGGAACAUGGAGCUUAGGAAAGAAAAAACCUUUCCCCUACACUCAAGUUCAAAGACAAAGGCUUUUUAUUAAAGAACAAUCGUCCGAAGCAGACAGAAGAGUUUCUCCUCAGCCGUUAUUUUAUACCAACCUGGACGGAGUUAUUUCAAGAUUCAAUCUUAGAAAAUUCUCCGAGCUACCUCAUCACUUGAUAAAAGCAAAAAGGUUUGAGGAUUUGUUCACUCAAGUGCUUUUUAAUUAUGAGUGGCUUCAUGGCAAACUAUCAGCGUUCCCCUUAGAGUUUCUUUUAUCAGAUUUCCAGGAUACUCUAGAUGCUCUAGAAGAUGCUGAUUCUAAAAGGCAGGUUCUGCUUGUAGCUGAUGCCCUCAAGUUGGGGGGAAAUAUAUUAUCCAAGAUUCCUGACAACCUUGCCUCCCAGCUUAUCGGAAGAUUACUGCCUGAAAUAUGGAACUUCCCUGACAUUAAGGAGUUGAUUAGACAAUGUGACAAGAUUAGCCCGCUUCACAAUGCUCUAGUUCCAAUCCGGCAUUGUCUUCUAUCCCCCGGGGGUCCUAUGAAGUUUUCUCUUGAAGGACAUCAGUUUGCAAUCUUUGGAUAUUCUCUUACAUCAGACUGCAGAUAUGUAAUCUCUGUGUCAAACAAGUUUCUAACCUGGGAUCUGGGAUCCAGUGAGGUCUGUAGGGAUGUGGAUCCACAUAUUGAGGGAUUAAUGCUUGGUCUUGCUCUCAGUAAAGACAACAGAUAUGCUGCUGCUUAUACAAGUAUUAAUCAGGUUGUUGUAUUAGAUGUAAUGCUCGGACAGUGUAUGAUAAUAGAAGGACCAUUAGACCGGUCUGAUGAGAUAGUUGGACUGUUUAUAGUAGAGAAUACUAUUGUAGUUUACAACAGCCAUUACUGGAGGAGAUUCAGUUUAAAGGGAAAGAGUAUUGAAGAAGAAUAUUUUGCUGUUGCUCUGCCUCAGAUUCUAGAGAUGAUAUUCCUGGAUGUAGAACAUUAUAUUGCAGUUUUCUGGUCGGGAGAUGAGGAAUUCAUUGAUAGGAAUCCUUUUUAAAAGUUUGAUUUUUUUCUUACUUAUGUCUUUUUUCAUUCUUAAU